GGAAGCGGAAGAAGCCUUGAGUUGCUGCUCCUCUCCUGAAGCUCUCUUCGACUCCUCUUCCUCCUCUUCUUGGGAGAGCUCCUCUUCGAGGGCGGCGAUGGACGCCGGCGGAGGACGUGGAGGUGGAAAAAUCCGGCGAUCUCUCUUUUCUUCUAGCUCCAGUGGGGGGUGGUUCCUGUGGUGGGAUUGACUCAAGACCUGUGAAGAGCUUGUUCACCGGUUUGUGGGGGGAGUUCGGUGGCCAAUUGGAGAAGAGAGGAUGGUUUGACCGAGGUGGAUUAAUUUAGGGCAGGGAUAUUUGGUGUAUCCUUUGACUUUGGAGACGUUCUGCAUAGGGUACAAAAGCCUACCUUAGGGAGAAUAUCACAGGAUACCGUGACUUGUUGUGGUAAAAGUUUUUUGGAUGACUUGAGGACCUACUUGCAUCUAAUUGCAACUUUACUAAUAGAAGAAGCUUGGGAUCUUCCUCAGCCAACCCUUGGUUUAAUUGGUGGGGUUUGAGGUCAUGUAAGGAAACACGGUUAGGCGUGGAUGCCUCAUAAAUUCAGCUUCCAACAUGGCUGGCAUUGCGAGGAUGUUUGGAAGAUAUAACUUCAUAUAACUUUUGGUGGGAAGCUUAUUAAGUUAGCUACCCAGUGGCCAAGCAGAAUUUUGAGCAAGACAAACUGCUACUUUUGAAUAUCAUAACUUGGCUUGAGGUGUUUGUCAACGUUGGCAUUGGUCAGGCACGGUCACAUUUUCUGUCUUCAGCUCUUCUGUGAAGAUAGUUGAUAGACUCUGGAGUUCUGUUUUGGUCAAUUCAAUUGCUCAUAAGAGGAAGUGGGGUUAAGGUUCACGUUAAUGUGAACAACAGAUAUAACUUGAGCCAUCAGUAUCUUAAUUUAAGGUUAUGCCAGUUUUUUUAAAUUGAUACUUCAGUCAGAGUAUCUUUGUUUAUUCAGAGGUGUUAAUAGUAGUGUUGUCCUGAUAGUGAUUGCCAAGCCAUGGAAACUAUGACAUCAGGGGGAGCUGUACCUCAUCUUUUUCCUUCUAUUGGACCUGCGCUUAUGAUUUCUAUGGGAUACAUCGACCUUGGGAAAUGGGUGGCAGCUGUAGAUGGUGGGGCUCACUUUGGAUAUGAUCUCAUGUUACCUGUACUCUUUUUCAAUUUCACUGCCAUUCUGUGCCAGUACCUUGCAACUUGCAUUGGUAUGGUCACUGGAAAGAAUCUUGCAGAGAUUUGUGUCGAGGAGUAUUGCAGGCCAGCAUGCAUUACACUUGGACUCCAAGCACUGUUAUCCAUGAUUGCUUCAGACCUGACAAUGAUUUUGGGCAUUUCAUAUGGACUCAAUCUUCUGCUUGGGAUUGAUCUCUUCACAUGUAUCUGUUUUGCUACACUUGGUGCUGUUUUACUUCCCUUUUUUGCCACCAUUUUGGACAACUGGAUAGCAGAAACAUUGUAUGUAAGCAUAGCGGGCGUUGCUUUUCUACUCUAUGUGCUUGGCGUAUUAAUUAGUCAACCAGAAAUCCCUCUUGUAAUGAAUGUGAUUUUUCCUAAGUUGAGCGGGGAGAGUGCAUACUCACUUAUGGCUCUUCUUGGUGCGAAUAUAAUGGCACACAAUUUCUACAUACACUCUUCAAUUGUACAGUGGCAGAGAAGACUCUCAAAUGUUGCUAUGGGUGCUUUAUUUCAUGACCAUUUUUUUGCUAUCCUGUUCAUUUUUACUGGCAUUUUUCUGGUGAAUUAUGUACUGAUGAACUCAGCAGCUGUAGUAUUCGGCAAUGCAGACAUUGCGCUUAAUUUUCAAGAUGUUUCCUUGCUGAUGGACCAGAUAUUUAGGACUCCUAUAGCACCGAUAGCAUUUUUUCUAGUCCUUCUCCUCUCAAGUCAGAUCACAGCUUUAACAUGGAAUAUCGGUGGGCAAGUGGUAUUGCAACAUAUUUUUGGCGUAAACCUGCUUCUGCCAGUACAUCACAUGUCAGUUAAGGCUCUCACCAUCGUUCCAGCUCUCUAUUGUGCAAAGAGUGCAGGUGCUGAAGGAAUGUAUCAAUUUCUUAUUUUCUGUCAAGUUAUACAGGCUAUGCUUCUUCCAUCCUCUGUCAUUCCUCUUUUCCGGGUUGCAUCAUCAAGAUUAAUAAUGGGAGCUUUCAAAAUCUCUUGGUAUCUUGAAAUCUUGUCUUUGGUUGCAUUUUUCGGGAUGCUUGCACCAAAUGUUAUCUUUAUCAUAGAAAUGUUAUUUGGAAACAGCAGCUGGAUAAAUAACAUGAGGGGCUGUAUGGAAAGCAGUGCGAUAGUCCCAUAUACUGCUCUUCUACUUACUUGUUGUAUUUCCAUUAUUUUUACACUAUAUAUGGCAGUUACACCGCUAAAAUCUGCGAGUGAUGGGCCAGAAGCACAGUUAUGGAUCUUGCGUGAUAAGUUGGAGUUUCCUGAGGGCAGAGAAGAAAAUGAUCUAAUCGAUAACAUUACAUUUGUUGAAAAUCAUGGGUCUGCGGUAGAACCUGUCUUGGAGCAUUCCAGUCUUCUUGAUAAAUCAGGUCAUGAAUUAAAUGUUGAUAUGUCCAAGACAGCUAUUGAUUCUAACCAUGAUACACAUCGGUCUUCUUGCGGUCCAAACAUUCGUUCUACUUGUACUUCCCCAUCACAUUAUCCUGAAGAUUUGAAGUCUGUAGUUGAACCUGAUUUGCUGGAAACCGUAGAUAAAGUUUCUCCUGGUGGCUCGCCAGAUGCAGGUAUUGUACAGAGCAUUGAGUCCAAGGACCCAGUAGAAAAGGAUGUGAGUGUGGAAGCAGAUGUUCAUACAGAUAAAGAUAACGAAGAAGGAGAUGCUUUAGAGGCUGAAGAGUCCCCCCCAGGAGCUUUGUCAACUUCAACCUCUGAUGGUCCUGGAUCCUUUAGUAGCGUCAAGGGAAAAGGUUAUGAUGGAGGGAAUGGCAGUGGAAGCCUAUCAAAAUUGUCUGGGUUGGGUCGUGCAGCACGACGUCAAUUAGCAGCCAUUUUGGAUGAGUUUUGGGGUCACCUGUUUGAUUUUCACGGGAAGCUAACACAAGAAGCAAGUACGAAAAAACUGGAUGUUUUGCUGGGAUUAGAUUUGAAAAUAGUUGGUUCUGUCAAAAUGAACAACUCAGGAGCAGAAUUGUCCAAGAAUUUCUUUACAGAUGCAGAUAGGGGAAUGGUUAUGUCAGCAAUCUCAAGAGACUACGAAUCUCCCAAACAGAAGAAAAAUUCAAGUAUGGAGUCAUCCUACAGGCUUCAUAUGGGAUCCCCAUCUUGGUCACAAAACAUGCAUGCAUCGAACACACAUGUGAAAAACUCAUGCAGUGACAUGGUGGAUCCCGGUGAAAAACUCUUUUCUUCUUUGCACUUGCCACAGUAUUCUGAUAAUCGGGAUUAUCAUCCUGCUACAAUACAUGGUUAUCAGAUAGCAUCCUAUCUCAAAGGGAUUGGUUCGGGCAGAACUCCCUAUUCCUCAAGCAUUUCACUAGACCCACUGCCAGCUACCAAGUCUGCUGAAUCCUUUAUCCCAAAUUUGAGGGAUUCAGUUAUGUAUUCUCAAGGGCAAAAUGGACUCGGUUCAAUGGGAACAUCUGGUUUGCAAAGCCCAACAGCAUCUCGAGUUAGCAUAUUGCAGGUAGAAAGGCCUUACUACGACCCUUCCCUAGUUGAAACUAGUAAAAAUUUUGGCGCUUCAGCCUCCACAAAGAAAUACCAUAGUUCACCAGACAUUUCUGCCCUCAUUGCUGCUAGCAGGAGUUCGUUGUUGAAUGAGGGGAAAUGGGGCAGUCCUUUUGGCCCUCGUCCAUCCUUGAGUAGGAUGACAUCUGAGAGAUCGCAAUAUUUGAACCCUAUGCCUAGAGCUGGAGUUGCAUUGCCAUUUGAUGAGCUUUCUCCACCCAAACUCCAUAGAGAUGUGUUCUCGUUACAGUCAAAUUUGAAUCCAGAAACCAAAUCUCUUUGGUCUAGACAACCAUUUGAACAAUUGUUUGGUAUGAUGGGCACUGAUCAGAAUAGAGAGGAUGGAGGACUUUCUCACAGAUCCAGCACAGCUCCCAAUAAAGACACUUUCUCUUGUUCAGAAUCAGAAGCCAAGCUACUUCAAGCUCUUCGAAAUUGUGUUAAGAAGCUCUUAAAAUUGGAGGGAUCAGAUUGGCUGUUUAGACAGAAUGGUGGGUCUGAUGAGGAGCUAAUCGAUCAAGUUGCUGCAACUGAGAAAUAUCUAUGUGAAGCAGAUGUUAAUGACAUGAAUCAGGUAUUCCUGAGUGAGCUUCAUCAUUUGUCUUCUGAUCGAAGGUUUAGUUCAGUCCAAAGGAGUGAGGAGGAAGAUAUCCCUAAUGCUUUGUCAUUGCCCAAUUGUGGAAAUAGUUGUGUAUGGCGACCAGCUCUGGUGGUUAGUUUUGGUGUGUGGUGCAUCCGCCGGAUAUUAGAACUAUCACUUGUGGAGAGUCGGCCAGAGCUAUGGGGCAAAUACACUUAUGUUCUCAAUCGUCUUCAGGGAAUUCUUGAUCCUGCGUUCUCCAAGCCCCGGAAUCCCAUCAGUCCCUGCUCAUGUCUUGAAAGACUAGCAAAAGACAUGAAGAGCUUCAAGCAGUCGCAGCAGAAAUCAGUUAAUGAAUCCCUUACAACAGCAAGUACAAUUCUUAAGAUCAUCAAGGAUGUUGAGAUUGCAGUCUCAGGCCGAAAGGGCCGGACAGGCACCGCAGCAGGUGAUGUUGCAUUUCCCAAAGGGAAGGAGAACUUGGCAUCUGUAUUAAAGCGCUAUAAGCGUCGGCUCUUGAACAAGUUUCCUGGGAACCAUGAAGGUACUUCAUCCGGCAAGAUCCCUACACCUGCCACUUCCUUGGGUUUAUAACAUGCAGAAUGUCAUUCGGAAUGUUUAUUUUGCUACUUUCAUGCAUCAUGGGUUUUUUCGUUGAAAAACGUUUUGGGGUUCAAGGAUUAUGGAUCUUUGUCCCUUCCUAGUUUCAACUGCAUGUAUGUUGUAUAACAGUUAAAGGAACGGUAAUUGCAGUAGAAAGUAAGGGUCAAGGAAAGAAUUUUUCUUUCUUUAUUA